AUGGCUCGAACCACACAUGCCUGCGACCGCUGCAGAGUGAUGCGCACGAAAUGUUCUGGCGGAGACAGGUGUACGAAAUGUGUCCACGACAACGCAACAUCCGUGUAUGGAGAUCGGGAAUCCCUUGUUCUCGCUGAAGAUUUAAAAGGCGAGGCUAAAGUCCUGCUCGCAGCGCUUCGGGCUUUGACUGAGAGUGACGAUUUCGAUUCUUCUAAACACGGCGACAUAGUUAAUAUCCUGUCGACUUAUUCGGCGAAACUGUCGGGGAACGGCGGAGAGCUAAGUGGUCGGUCUUUGCAUUUAGCAAGCAGCAACAGGGAGAAGCGAACUAACUUCAAGAGUAUACAACGUGAAGAGCCAGGCAACGAACGUGGAGAAAACAAGGGAGCUUCGAGUAUCGUACUACUAGAAAAGCACGGUGAAUUGACUCAUCAGGUCGACUUGGAUAGUGGCGCGGGAGCCUCGGGAUUUAUGGGUGAAAUGUCACCAAUAUCCUGGAUCCGGCGUGCUUAUGAAAUACUGCACUGCCAGACCACUUUAGACAAGGAUACAACCGAUAUUACUAUGGGCGAACUGGACCAUCAUCUAGCCAAGGCCGCAGACUUCAACUUUUUCAUGGAUGACGUUGAUCUCCUGGGCGUCGACGAAGAUCAUGUCAACCCGCACAAAUGGCCUCCGAUGAAGACGGCUGUCUUACUGUCGGAAUCGUAUUUCAAGGCAAUACAAGGCAGCUUGUCGUUUCUGGUCCGUGAAUCGUUCUUGCAAUCCUUAUUCUCCUAUCCACGCCGAAACACUCUACCAGGUUGGAAGGAACGUCGCUGGCUGGCAUUGGCAAACCUUGUAUGGGCCAUCGGCUCCAAAUGGCUUCGGAUUAUUGGGUAUGAUCAUGCAGAUAUCCAGCAAACUCACCUUCUAUAUUAUGCCCGGGCCCGUGCACUAGGUCUCGACCAUAGAGUUAUGGUUGAUCAUCCGGACAUUGACCGUGUGCAAGGACUCGGCCUUCUGGCAUUUUAUCUUCUUAUCAAUGGAUCUAUCUCCAGAGCGUGGAAUACCUUGGGCCAUGCCGUACGCCACGCAACGGCUCUGGGUCUCCAUCUCAGGGUUUCCGAUCCCGCCAUCGACGAGAUAGAAAGAGACCGACGAGCACGAACGUGGUAUUCAUUAUACAGCUUAGAGAUAUCGAUUGCCGAGAUCACUGGACGGCCAAAAUCGAUCUCUUUAUCGAACGUGACGACACCUGUUGAGAUUUUGCAGAGAACGCAGGCCGGGGGCCUGGAAGUAGGCCAGCACGCCGGGAAUUUGAGUUCCACUGGCGAGUCGCCGGGGAUGUGGAUCGCCGCGCAAUUGUACAGCGGGACAUCCAGCGACUCGUGGGUCGAAAUUCAACAUAAGAUCGCCAAGUUACAGUUAGAUUUGAUUUCCUGGACUCAGACAUUGCCGGACGAACUACAGCUCCAGAGCAUUGUGACGGCGGAUUUCGAUUCCCGCGAGCGCGUCGAGUUGGCCAUGUAUUAUUACAGCCUAGGGAUGAUUCUCCACCGUCCGUCUCUGUGUGAGACCGUUGGCGAGAAUCAAUCUGGGAGCUUACACGAGUUCAAUCGAAAUUCAGCAAGGACUUGCGUCCACGCCGCGUUGUCCUUGCUAAAGAUCAUGCCGGACAGCCCCUCCUCGCCUCAGGCUGACCAGCUUCUCCCUUGGUGGAUCUUGCUUCAUUACGUGACGCAAGCGACGGCAAUCUUAAUGUUGGAAUUGACACUGAACUGCCAGCACUUGCACAAUGAGAUCGAUGAAAUAGCGGAGCACCUGCACAAAGCCAUGAAAUAUUUAUCGUGCAUGUCUACCGAGUCGCCCUCGGCAUACCGAGCAUGGAGGACGUUCAGACCAUUGUUUACCGUCAUUCUAACCGUUCACAGCGAAUACAAGCAAAAUGAAAUCAUGAAUAUCACAGAACAGGCGCCUCGGCCGAAAGCGUGGACAGAAAAAGAUGAAGCUUCCAUGCAGAAGACGGUUUUCAUUCCCCAAUCUUGGGUGAAGUAUGUACAUAUUAGGCUUAACGGGUGUGAGAACAAUUUGAUGAUCAAUAAUACUUCAAGCAUACGUCUCUCUGGUGCCUUUAUGCCACUCGAACUAAAAUGUAUGAGUUUUUCUGAAGAGGGGUCUGUGAAGGAGAGCUCAAGUAAGGACUUAGUCCACAGACAAAAGAACAUUUGGUCCUUUACUGAGCCGUCGAAGUCGCUUUGUCGAUUUGCUCAAUUGUGA